CAAAGUUGCUCUAUAAAUAGUAGCAAGUUCUUGGCCAGUUGAACACAACAAGAGAAAAAGCUUCUAGUGCUGCAAUCUGAAACAUAAACACAAAGACAAUGGCAAUGAAGGUGCAGAUCAUCUCUAGGGAAACCAUAAAGCCAGCCUCUCCAACUCCUGAUCAUCUAAGAAACUUCAAAAUCUGCCUCUUAGAUGAGUUGGCUCCUCCAUCCUAUGUCCCAAUUCUUCUUUUCUAUUCUUCUGCAGAUUUUGACACGAACAUGAAUUGCAAUUCCUUGUCAGACAAGUUGAAGAAGUCAUUGUCUGAAACUCUUGUUCGUUUCUAUCCUUUAUGUGGAAAACUGAAAGGAAAUCUUUUUGUGGAAUGUAAUGAUGAAGGUGCGCUCUUUGUGGAGGCUAAAGUCAAUAUUUCAGCAUCAGAAAUUGUCAAGAACCCAGAAACUGAAAUGCUGUAUCAACUUUUCCCAUUUGAUCCCUACAAAGUGAGGCCUAAUGGUGAUGGAGAGAAGGCAGAAGCAGUGGUCACAGGUGUUCAAGUUAAUGUUUUCGAGUGUGGAAGUGUGGGAAUCGGUCUCUGCGUUUCUCACAAGGUUGCAGAUGGUGCAACUAUGGCUACCUUCCUCAGUGCUUGGUCUGCAACUGCAAGUGGAAUUGACGAAAUGCUUGCACCCAAUCUGGAUUCAGCUGUGCUCUUCCCACCUAAAGGUAUAGAUAUAAUCAAACAAAGUGACAUGAUUAGAAAUGAGAAAGUUGUAACAAAGAGAUUUGAAUUUGACGGGAAGAAUUUGGCUAAUCUAAAAGCAAAGAUUGCCAAUGGCAACCCUACUCGUGUGGAAGCGGUAACAGCUCUUAUAUGGAAAUCUGCAAUGGAAACAGCUAGAGUAAACUCAGGGAAAGAAAAGCUUCCAGCAUCUAUUGCCACCCACUUGGUGAACAUUCGAGAACGAACAGCUCCACCAUUGCCGAGACAUUCUUUAGGUAAUCUUUGGCGCCUUUCACUAGCGCCAUAUCUGGAUGCAAAGGAAGAGGUGAAGCUAAACGAGUUAGUAGGUCUUCUUCGCAAAGCAAUACAAAGAAUUGACGGUGAUUAUGUGAGUAAACUUCAAGGAGCUAAUGGGUUGGCAAAGGCUAUAGAACCUCUCCAAGAACUAAGACAACUAGCUUUAGGAGGAAAAGGAGUUGAAGUCUAUACAUUUAGCAGUUGGGCAAGAUUUCCUCUAUAUGAGAUUGAUUUUGGAUGGGGAAAACCCGAAAGAGUUUGUACAAUAACUGUGCCUGUUAGGAACUGUGUUAUUUUGAUGGGCACAAGAUCCGGUGAUGGGAUCGAGGCAUGGGUGACCUUGACUGAAAAAGACAUGGUAACAUUUGAGUGCAGUCAAGAACUUCUCCAGUUCGUUUCAGCAAGUGCUUGAUGCUACAACCACUGUAUGCAUGAAGAUUAUGUUAUGAUCAUUGAUCAUGAUAGAUUCUAUUCCAGACCCAUUAUAUAUCCGUUAUAGGUGCAAUAGUCUAUGUUUUGCGUUUGGUGAUUGAUAGUGAGUGCUCUGUUUACAGUUUGUCAUAUUGUUACAAGUCGAUUAAUAAUCCAGCUUAAUUUCUUUUUUUUUUUUAUGUGAAAUUUAUCUAUUGGAAUUUCCCUUGAAUUAAGAUUUUAAAUGUUUGCAUGAAAGUUAUUUAUAGAGUAAAAGGUUACCAUCAUUGUGAGUUAUUUUAAGACAAAUAAAAGUUGAAGAAGAUUA